UUUUUCUUUCUUUAUGGCUGCAGCAGCAGCGGCAUCGGGCGGCAUCAUGUGGUGAGGAUCAGCGCGAGAAAUACGAACGUCGCGUCGGUCAGUCCUCUCGCCUAGAUUACACGUGCUGAUUCCCCACCUACAGACAAAGCUACUGGCCUCAAGGGGGAGACAUGGCUCAGCAUGGCCCCUCUCAAGAUCCGCCCAGCAUUGAUGAGGGCCUCUAUUCCAGGCAGCUCUAUGUGUUGGGACAUGAGGCUAUGCAGCGGAUGGCCCGAUCUGAUGUGCUCAUCUGUGGGAUGCGAGGCCUUGGCAUUGAGAUUGCCAAGAAUAUCAUCCUCAGCGGAGUCAAGUCGGUCACCAUCUACGACCGAGGAGACUGCACCUUGACUGACCUGUCUUCGCAGUACUACCUGAAUGAUCACUGCCUUGGUGAGAACCGUGCCGAGGCCUGUGUAGCUUCACUGGCCGAGCUGAACAGCUAUGUGACGGUGAUGGACCACUCAGAGCCCUUAACCAACGACUUCUUGAAGCAAUUUCGUGUGGUGGUGCUCACUGACACUCCCUUCGAGGAGCAGCUGUCCAUCUCUGCCUUCACGCACGCCAACGACAUCGCCCUCAUCGUGGCCGACACGCGGGGCCUCUGUGGGCAGAUCUUUUGCGACUUUGGCGCGAGGUUUCGUGUGCUGGACACCAACGGCGAGCGGCCCAUCUCUGUCAUGCUUGCCUCCAUCAGCAAGGACAAAGAAUCAGUGGUGACUUGCCUGGACGAAGUGCGGCAUGGUCUGGAAGAUGGUGACUUUGUCGUCUUCUCCGAAGUCAACGGCAUGACUGAGAUCAACGAGUGCCUCCCCAUGAGAGUCAAAGUGCUUGGGCCAUACACUUUUAGCGUCGGAGACACAACUCGCUUCAAUGACUACGGACAUGGUGGCGUUGCGACGCAGAUUAAGAUGCCGAAAGACAUCGAAUUUAAAUCCCUGGAGGACUCGUUGGUAGCCCCCGUGUUCGUAUCAUCGGGCUCUGCCAACCCGGAUCGCCCAACCUUGUUGCACGUGGGAUUUCAAGCUCUGCACACUUUCGAGAAGAAGCACUCGCGUCUGCCCCGCCCUUGGAACAAGGGGGAUGCAGCCGAAGUGGUGAGCUUGGCCAGAAAGAAGAAUGCCUCGCUGUCCACUCCGCUGGCGAGCCUGGACGAGGCUUUCCUCUCCACCAUGGCCUACGUGUCGGCAGGCUCCCUCUGCCCCAUGCAGGCAGUGAUAGGAGGUAUUGCUGCCCAAGAGAUAAUGAAGGCUUGCAGUGGCAAGUUUAUGCCAAUCCAGCAGUGGUUCUACUUUGAUGCCUUUGAGUGCCUUCCCCAGUCAGGCAACGUUUCGGAAGAGAGUGCCAACGCAUUGGCGAAAACACGAUACGGAGCUCAAGCAUGUGUCUUUGGAGCUGAUGUGCAGAAGAAGCUGGCAUCACAGAAAUACUUCCUGGUUGGUGCUGGGGCCAUCGGCUGCGAACUGCUCAAGAACUUCGCUAUGAUGGGUCUGGGCUCCAAGGGUGGCUGCAUUUACGUCACGGACAUGGACGUCAUCGAACGGUCCAACCUCAACCGGCAGUUCUUAUUCCGACCCUGGGACGUUGGUCAAUUGAAGUCGCGUGUUGCUGCAAGGGCUGCGGGCAAUAUGAACCCAGAUGUCGAGAUUUUGCCGCACUGCAACCGAGUUGGCCACGACACCGAGAAUGUCUACACGGACGACUUCUUCAACUCCCUCAAUGGAGUGGCCAACGCCCUCGACAACGUUGAGUCGCGCAACUAUGUGGACAGCCGCUGCGUCCGGCUCGGCAAGCCGCUGCUCGAGUCAGGCACCCUGGGCACCAAGGGCAAUGUCCAGGUGGUGGUUCCCCAUCUGUCCGAGUCAUACUCGUCAUCGCAUGACCCAGCCGAGAUGUCCAUCCCCAUCUGCACGCUCAAGCAUUUUCCCAAUGCCAUCGAGCACACAUUGCAGUGGGCCCGUGAUGAAUUUGAAGGCCUGUUCAAGCAGACACCUGAAAUUGCACACAAGUACCUGGAAGAUCCCGUAUCAUUUGUGAAGAAGACGCUGAGCCUCCCUGGUGACGAACCAGCAGAGGUGUUUACAAGCGUGAAGAAGCAGCUCGUAGAUGAGCGGCCCACGUCUUUUGCCGACUGCGUGGCCUGGGCCAGGCUCCACUUCCAAAACCAGUACAGCAACCAGAUCCGGCAGCUCCUUCACAGCUUUCCCAGGGACUACUGUACCACUACGGGGGCACCAUUCUGGUCUGGUUUCAAGCGCUGCCCCCACCCCAUUGAGUUUGAUGCCAGCGAGAGCCUUCAUAUGGACUACAUUGUGGCUGCGGCCAACCUGCGAGCAACCGUCUAUGGCAUUGCCAACUGCACGGACAGACAUGAAAUCAGUCGCAUCCUCGGGCAGGUUACGGUGCCCCUGUUCAGGCCACGGUCAGCCGUGCGAAUUUCGGUUACCGAGAACGACCCAUCAUCUGAUACUGGAGGGCAUGCUGACCCAGAUCGGUUCAGCAGCCUGAUCGAGGAGCUGCCUCAACUGUCGUCACUGGCAGGAGUGAGUGUGACACCCCUAGAGUUCGAGAAGGAUGACGACACAAACUUCCACAUGGACUUCAUCGUGGCAGCGUCCAACCUGCGCGCCUCCAACUAUGAGAUCCCGCUGGCCGACCGGCACCACAGCAAGCUCAUUGCGGGCAAAAUCAUCCCCGCCAUUGCAACCACCACGUCCCUGGUGGCCGGUCUCGUCUGCCUUGAGCUUUACAAGUUGGUACAAGGGCACGACAAGUUGGCGCUGUACAAGAACAGCUUUGUCAACCUGGCAUUGCCGUUCUUUGGUUUCUCUGAGCCCAUUGCUGCAAAGAAGAUCAAGUUCAACGGCCGUGAUUUCACCAUGUGGGACCACUUUGACGUACAGGGAGAGCUCACCCUGAAUGAGUUUAUCGACUAUUUCAAGAAAAACCACGAGGUUGAGGUCACCAUGGUACUCCAAGGAGGGGCCAUGCUGUUCCCGCCGAAAUUUAAGGAAUGCCUUGAUCAUCCCCUGAGCAAAGUGGUGGCCGAGAUAUCGAAGAAGCCGAUUGAGCCCCACGUGCGCAACCUCGUCUUGGACCUCCUUUGCAAUGACAAGAAUGGCAUGGACAUUGAUGAUGUGCCACCCGUGCACUACUGGCUGCCCAAGUGAAGCGCCAUCUGUAUGGCCAUGGCGCAAGUCCAUGGAGAUGGCAGCCAAGGUCCACAACUCAUCUUCAUCGGGCUGGAAGGUUGUGCUACUGGCGAUCCAGGUUCUUCAUCGGGUUUAGUGACGAAAAAAAUUUACCUUUAGUCUUCGCUGUCUUGAGCCUUCUCUUUAAUUUCUGCCUCAUCAAAUUAAACCAGGAGAGAACCAGUC